AUGGAUGCUUAUCUUCGUUCUUUUUUUGUUUUCCUCUUCCUUUUCUUACUCUUGUUGUUGUUGUUCUUCGGAAAAGGUAAGUGUUCUAUGGUGGAGGAUAGGUAUUUGUUAUUAUCUAUUGUGGUGGUGAUGGACGACGAGUGUGUUGUUGUUGUGCUGCAGCGCUACUGUCAUUUCGUGUCUGUAAAAAAACCAGCUUCAGCUUCUUAUGCAGCUAUUUGGGUUUUUGUUUUUCUCCUCUCUCGUGGUAUUCUCUCCCUCAUUGUUCGCUUCAGCUUCAACAUGUGGGAUUCUUUCUCAGUUCUCCUCGUGUUUCCUUGUUUGUCUGCUUUCCUACUUGCUGUUGUGAUGCUCACUGACGAGAGCAUACAGGCAAAAUAUAUAGUAUAG